CGCACUGCUGCGCGCCGGAAGCAUACUAGGCCUUCGCGCAGCGGCGCAGCGGCUGGACCGCAGGGCUGGCGCGGUCAUGCCGGUGACCGGGAAGACUUUCCGCCGGCGCCGGGCCGACUCGGAGUCGGAGGAAGAUGAGCAGGACUCAGAGGAGAUUAAAACUGGAAGAGACUCGAGAGGUGCAGAACUUGAGGAAGCGGCCCAACGGGGUGAGUGCUGUGGCCCUGCUGGUGGGAGAGAAGGUACAAGAAGAGACCACUCUAGUGGAUGAUCCCUUUCAGAUGAAGACAGGCGGUAUGGUGGACAUGAAGAAACUGAAGGAAAGGGGCAAAGAUAAGAUUAGUGAAGAGGAAGACCUCCACCUGGGGACGUCAUUUUCUGCAGAAACCAACCGAAGGGACGAGGACGCUGACAUGAUGAAGUACAUUGAGACGGAGCUAAAGAAGAGGAAAGGGAUUGUGGAACACGAGGAACAGAAAGUGAAACCGAAGAAUGCAGAGGACUGUCUUUACGAGCUUCCAGAAAACAUCCGUGUUUCCUCAGCAAAAAAGACUGAGGAGAUGCUUUCCAACCAGAUGCUGAGCGGCAUCCCUGAGGUGGACCUGGGCAUCGAUGCUAAAAUAAAAAAUAUCAUUUCCACGGAGGAUGCCAAGGCCCGUCUCCUGGCAGAGCAACAGAACAAGAAGAAGGACAGUGAGACAUCUUUCGUGCCCACCAACAUGGCGGUGAAUUACGUGCAGCACAACCGAUUUUAUCACGAGGAGCUCAAUGCCCCCAUUCGGAGAAACAAAGAAGAGCCCAAAGCCCGACCCUUGAGAGUGGGUGACACAGAGAAGCCGGAGCCCGAGCGGUCCCCUCCUAACCGCAAGCGCCCCGCUAAUGAGAAGGCCACUGAUGACUAUCACUACGAGAAGUUCAAGAAGAUGAACAGACGGUACUGAGGGUGGCGAAACGGGAGACGUGCAGCAUGGGGUGUAAAUAAAUAGCACUGCUCCCCGCCCCCUUUUCCCCCCCAUGAUAAAAGCCUUCCUGGUCAGAAACCUGAUCGUUUGCUAGCAGACAGUUCCCAAAACAGAUUCUAUUAGUCCAGCUGCUUACUUGCUGGAUUUGUUUUUGAAACAAAACAAUACGUAGUUUUCUUAUUUGGGGGCAAACUGUUCUUGUGAGCAUUAUUAAAUCUUGUUUGUAAAUAUGUUGACUUCCUCUUAAUAUUUGCCCUGGGUCAGGAGGAAACAGCGGUGUGUUCAGGGUGAGAUACAAUACCCUUUAAAUUGUGCUUUUAUUGUAUAUAUAAUCAUGCCUUCCACUUUCAAAUAUCUGGAAUAGGGUUUAGAGAUGCAUCCUUCGUUGUUUACGGUGGAUCCAGCUGACAGUGAAAAAUGUAGGAUAGCAUCAAAGGGACACUGGUAUUUUCUGACUUUUACAAAGUUACCUGUUUCUCUUCAAUAAGAAAGAAAAUAAUUUUUAUCAUCUCCAGCACUUAAGUAUUAAAUGUAAAAUGA